AUGGAGGAUCUCUCAGUAGCAGCCCGAGCAGUUAUCACCUCUCUGCAAGCUCUACCAGAGGCUCCGGAGCUACAACGAGCUAACAUUGCCAUAAUUGGGGGUCUCGCGCUUCAGUAUUACGCCCCAGAUUACCGGCGUACAAAGGAUGUUGAUAUCCUAAUUUUCGAUCGGGACCACCCGAUCUGUACUCGGGAUGUCCGGGCUAAAUUAGCCUCCCGCUUCCCGAACGACUUCGAGGACGUACCGGAGCCAGUAUCCUCCUGUCUCGAUAUCCCAGAUACGGUCAAGGUGGACUUCAUCCCACAGGAGUUGCUGCCAUACCUUCCGGCUGACGCGGCAACCCUGGAGGAGGUGGACCCGAACCAUCUUCCUUUUCUUUCCCUGCUGGACCUCCUUGUCUACAAAGUCAAUAGCUGCGGCAUGCGUCCCACAGCUGACAAGCGGCAACAGGAUGCAGCGGACGCGCAAAAGCUAGUGAAUAUUCUGUCUUGGCAGGGGACCAUUACCCUUGAUGACUCGCAGAAACAGGCUGUCUUGUCGGGUUUGGACGAAAUGUUGGAGUAUUCUCGGGAGUCAAGACAGUGGUGGGAAUCUGCCCUCGGGCUGAGCGGCUGA